GGCUCGAGCUCCCCCUUUGCUGGGCUCUGCCCUGCUUCGGCCGGCAUGGGCGAUGCCGACAACGGAGCUGGCCGAUUGAUCCUCAAGGUGACCGUGGAGGUGGCAGAUAACCAGCAUGCCACGAUCUACGUGCACGAGGGUGAGGAGGCGCAUGACCUGGCCAUCCAGUUCUGCUUGGACCAUGACCUGCCCGACAGCCUGGUGGAGCCUUUGACGAGCCACAUCCUAGAGAACCUGCGGCACGUCCAGCCGGAGCUGGAGAAGGCAGAGCUGCCCAGGAAGCCGAGCCUUCGGCAGGACUGCUGGUACUGCGGAAACUCAGUGCCCAAUGACGCGCAGUUCUGCCGGCGCUGCGGGAACCGCCGCGCGCCCGCCAAUGGCGCUGGAGGCGCAAAUGCGGCUGCUUCAGCACCGCAGAGCGUUCGGUCGCGGUCAAACGAGAGCACGCCCAAGAGGUUUGGCACUCUUUCACAGCGUGCUGGGGGUGGAGGUGCCAGCGCAGACAGCCCUCGCUUUGUUCAGCUCUUCCAGGACUCCGUCCACAGGAAGUUCCGGAUGCAGCGGUUGAAGCAGCAGGUGGAAAAGGACGAGGAACAGCGCCUCCGGACGUCCGUGAAGGUGGCGCCUGGCACUGUGCGAUACACAGCCUGGCGGCCAGACGGUCAAGCAGCACUCGGGGAGAGGCUUUACAACGACGCCGCCAAGAGGGCGCUGAAGCUUCGACACCUGCAGGAGGUGCGGGAGGAGUUGCGGCGCCAGCAAGAGGAGCAGGAAGCUACGUUCAAGCCAGCCAUCGAGGUCUCGCAGCGGCGGUGGCAGGGCACCGCACGGUCGAUGGCAGACCCCGAAGGGUUGAAGAAGAGGAUGAAGAUGGACAGGCUGAGGCACAUGCAGGAAAAGGCCGAGUUGAAUGGUUGCACGUUCAAGCCUGAGAUCGACCAGAAAUCCGACGAGAUGAUCUCUCAGCGCAUUGCGCGGCUGAAGAUUACUGGAACCCUGUACGACUCCCUCUACGAAGAUGCUCUCAAGAGACGGGAGAGGCUCUUCAAGUCGCUGCAGGCCCUGCCUCCGGGUGUGACCUUCCACCCGGAUAUCGGCACGGAACGGUGCGACGGCGAGACGAGAGAGGACUUUGUGAACCGGCUGGCGUAUUCGAAGAGCUACUCAGACCGACUGACAUGCCGGAGGCAACUGGGCCGAGGAUGGGUCUCCUUGCAGCGGAAGAAGCAGGAGACUGAGCGACAGUCUAAGGAGCUCGGCGGACAACCCGAGUUUCAUCCGCGGACUGGACGUGGGCCGCUUGUGGAGCGGAACAAGGAGGGCCUUCCCAUCGGAGACUUCCUGUACGAGCAUGGUCGGGGGAAAGCAGCUGCUUCCUCACAGGUGCCAGAGCAGCCGUCCAUGCCCAAAGUUGGGGCAAACUCUCAGCAGCUCUUUGAGGAGACGAAGCAGCGGACAUACAGGCAGCUGUUUGACUGGCUGACCAGUAUAGAUCCGCAGGGCCAGCUCAAAGCAGAGACCAUGUGCCUCGAGGGCUUGGAUGCAGACCUUUGCGCCUUCCUUCAGCCGAUGGCUUCUUUCCUGCACUCCAGCGGCCAGCAGCUGGAGUUUGCAGCCUUCUGUGCCGCUUUGGACUACCAGCGUCAACACGCUGUUGAGCCGACCGCGCAUCUGUUCACGCAGAGGAGCGCCAAGAUUGGCAAGGUUGCCAAGUGCGAGCCUCCUGUGCCAAAGAUUGAUCAGAAUAGCGCGCGCCUGGCCAUGAAGCGUCGCUCGCGAAGUGUUCCCCUCCAUGAGCAGCUAUAUCGUGAAAGCGAUAUACGAGAUGCUCGCAUGGAAGAGCGCCGCAUCCUGGCAGGGGAGGCGGAGCUGCAGGAGUGCACCUUCCACCCCAAGCUGCGGAGCCGCAGCGCGAGCCAACGCUCCGCCGGGAGUCCGGCGCGGUCCAGCCCACAGUCCGGCCGCAGACAGGACAGCCCAGGCCUUCUGCCCAGCCCUAGCCCAUCGCCCAGAGAAGGCUUUGCUGCACCCGAUGGCAGCGAUUCCCUCAGAGGUACUCAGGGAUCCUGCGCGCCAAGAACUCCCCGAGGUCCUGGUGUGCCAGGUGGGCCCGGCAUGGAUCGGACUUGGCAGGAACGUGUAGGCCGGGAGGACAAGGUGUCUUUGCACACCCCGCCGGGUCCCUACAUGCCAGCGCCAUCUCCAGGCAGCCGAGGAGCCGAGCAAGAGGGUCUGAACAUUGCCUUGCCCUUGGUGAUGUCAUAGGCUGUGGCUUGACGCCCCUUGCUGGCUCAGAUGGUUUCACAACGUGCCCACGACAAAGCGUCCUGGACAGCGCUGCCUAAAAACCCACAUCGUGGCAGCAAGUGCCUCGCUAAUUCAGGCGGCAGCAGGCAGAACUCUUGACGGUU